AUGAGCGAGGGGGCUGCCGGCGCCGCGGCGCCCGGGGCGGCGGAGGCGGCGGGGGGCCCGGGCGGGGAUGGGGCCGGGGGGCCGCCGCGGGAGCUGCGCUGCAGCGACUGCAUCGUCUGGAACCGGCAGCAGACGUGGCUGUGCGUGGUGCCCCUCUUCAUCGGCUUCAUCGGCCUGGGGCUCAGCCUCAUGCUGCUCAAGUGGAUCGUGGUGGGCUCUGUUAAGGAGUACGUCCCCACCGAGCUGAUGGACGCCAAGGGCGUGGGGCAGGACCCCUUCUUCCUCUCCAAGCCCACCGCCCCCCCCCGCGGCGCGGAGACCACCGCCGCCGCCACGCCGCGGCCGCCCAGCCGCGUCAGCCCCCGCCUCACCACCAUGAGCCGGGCGCCCCCGCGCCCCCCCGGCACCCGCGGACCGGUGCGGGGCGGCCCGCGGCCCACCGCGGCGCGGCACCCCGCCGCGCCCCACACGGCGCCGCCCGCCAGCGGCCCCCCCGGCACCGCCGGCCGCGGCGCCCGGCCGCCGCCCGCCGCCCCCAGCACCCCGCCGCUGCCCGCCUGGCCCACUGCGGCACACGCUACCUCCUCCUACAAGAUCUACGUCCACGACUCGGCGCCGUCCUGGACCUUGUCUCCCUUCCAGGAGUCUACCACCACCACGCCGGAGGCCAGCACGACCCCCAAAAUCCAUACUACAACGUAUUCCACUGAGCGAUCUGAGCACUUUAAGCCAUGCAAAGACAAGGAUCUUGCAUAUUGUCUCAAUGAAGGGGAAUGCUUUGUGAUUGAAACCUUAACAGGAUCACAUAAACACUGCCGGUGCAAAGAGGGCUACCAAGGAGUCCGCUGUGACCAAUUUUUGCCGAAAACCGACUCAAUCUUGUCAGAUCCAACAGACCAUUUAGGAAUUGAAUUCAUGGAGAGCGAAGAAGUGUACCAGCGCCAGGUGCUGUCUAUUUCCUGUAUCGUCUUUGGCAUAGUCGUAGUGGGCAUGCUUUGUGCAGCGUUCUACUUCAAAACAAAGAAACAAACAAAGCAAAUUCAUGAACAGCUGAAAGAAACACAGAAUAGGAAAACCUACAGCCUAAAUGCUUCCAGCAUGAUGGCAAAGUCAGAGUGUAUGGCACAAAGCCGAGUCCAGCUGCAAAACUAUUCAAAAACAGAUAGGCAUCCUGGGCCUAUUCUGGACAAAGUUAUGGAGUCUAGUUUUUCAGGCCCUCAGUCUUUCCCAGAGGCCUUGUCUCCUGACAGAGGAACGCAGCCCAUCAAGCAACAUAGAAGUCUCUCUUCAUGCUGCAGCCCAGGACAAAAAAGUGGGAUGCUACAUAGAAAUGCCUUUCGGAGGACUCCUCCCUUACCUCGGGGUAGGUUCAAUGGAAUUACAGGACCAGCAUAUCAACAGCUCGAAGAGUCAAGGAUCACAGACCAGGACACGAUACCUUGUCAUGGGUAUUCAUCCAGUGGUUUAAAAACUCCUCAGAACACUUCAAUAAAUAUGCAACUGCCUUCAAGAGAGACAACCCCUUAUUUUAAUAACGUGGAUCAGAAGGACUUGGUCGGCUAUUCAUCUUCAAGGGCCAACUCCGUUCCCAUCAUCCCGUCUGUGGGCUUGGACGAAGCCUGCAUGCAAAUGCAAAAUGUUUCUGAAGUAACAGGCAUCAAAUGGUGCAAAAACUCCUAUUCAGCUGAACUUGUCAAUGUGAGUUCCCCAGUCAGUAAUUGUCUUAUAGCAGAACAACACGAAGUCAAAAUAUUGCUAGAAACUGUGCAGGAGCAGAUUCGGAUUCUGACGGACGCGAGGCGGUCGGAGGACUAUGAACUGGCGAGCGUAGAAGCAGAGAGCAGCGCGAGCGAAAACACGGCCUUUCUGCCCAUGAGCCCCAUGGCCAAGUCAGAGCGAGAGGCACAAUUUGUCUUAAAAAGCGAAACGCAAAGAGACUCGGUAUUGACCAAGUGACUUUCUGUGGGGGUUGUGGGAGGGGAAACGAGAGAUCUGUGCAUUCGAUGCUUUGCUAAACAGGAAGGGAGGAAAUUAAAUACAAAUUAUUUAUAUGCAUUAAUUUAAGAGCAUCUACUUAGAAGAAACCAAAUAGUCAAUCGCCCUCAUAUCAUAGUGUUUUUUAACAAAAUAUUUUUUUAAAGGGAAAAGUUCCAGGAGGGAUGAGGCGUACAUCAGGUGCUUUCUAGGCAGGAUCACACAUAUAGUUUCAGUUACAGAGCAUUUUACCACGGUCCCAUUCACCUGUCCAAAGGCUUAGGCUAUGCGUCUUCUUUUCAGUGAAGGCCAAGACCAUUCUUAGAUUCGUUUUUGGUCUGAGGGCAGCGCUGCAGUGAGCUGCUGGCCAGGGAUUCAGACCCUGGGGAGAAAGUCCCGUGACCCCGGCACAGACUCGGUCCCCUGUCCCCCUCUCCUCUUGGUUCCAGGUUCAUACCACGGAAAUAGGCACGCAGCCAUCUACUUCUGAGGUCUGGUACCUACUGUGUAAUGACAAUAAAUCCCUAAAUUGAGCCAGAUGCUUAACUCUCGACCUUAGUUCAGUGUGUCAAUCAGCCCAAGAAAGUCAAUGGAAACAUUUAGAAGCUUUGGGUUUGACCAAGCGUGGAGUGGGAUGGGGGUCUGUAGAGAUGCAGUGGUCAGGAGCCCACGGCUGCUCCAUCGUCUGAGCUUUGCCCAUCAGAGCUGCCUUGGUGGAGAGCGAGGAAGAACAAGAGAAAGUGCAGAAGCGUGUAUUGUGACAGGUUUGGUUUGGGUUUUUUUCAGUGGGAACAUAAACUCCGUUGUUCGUUACCAACCCCCCAACAUUUUUAAACUGUUAUACUUUGAAGGCAUUUGUAAGCUCUCAAGGAGCACUUCUGAGUGUGUGUGUGUUUUUUUUAACUUAUUUUUUAUUAUGGGUUGUUCAGAGAAGAGUCAGGGAGAUCCAAUAUGAUCAAAAUCCAGCCGAUAAGUGUCCACGCUGCCCUAAUUUGUUCCUACUUUCAGUUCUCCAGUCACUUUAAUCGUGGCUUAGGCUUGUGAACUUUAAAGCUUCAACCUUGCAGAUGGUUCAGUACGGGCAGACCCACAAGCGUGCACAGAUCUGAUUCUAAUGGGGCCAUGUAAGAGCAGAUGUUUUUCAACAAACCAUUCCCUGCAGGGCAUCAAGGCCUUAGAGAAGAAAUGUCAUUUCCUGGUUGCCGUAUCCCAAUUGCAUUAUGAGCAUUUUUUUGCAUUUGCUUUCUUUUGAGUCCCUCCGCCCCCCAUAAAUUGUAACACAAUAUGCCAAUAAUGCAAUGAAUUGGGUUCAGUGACAGACACAUUACAGGUUUUAUUAGUAUUAAAGUAUCUGCUUAUUAGUGGGGAAAAAGAAAAUGAACUAUAAUAAAUGAUUGCUAAAUAGCCUUCCCUGGUUAAUGUCAGAAGAUUGAUUAAAAAAAAAUCUACAGUAUAUGCAGAAUGUAUUAAAAUAUUCCUUUGCAGCAAAUUAAUUGUUAAAUUUAUUAAUGUGCCCCAGACUUUCCAGUUCACAAGUCUCAAGACUUCCCAAAAUAGCACAAUCGAUCACGCAGUGCUGUUGUAUGUUGAGUCAGAAUAAAGCAAUAUUUUAACCUCUGUCAAGUAAAUUUGGAAAAAGAAA